ACAUGAUGAUCUGGAGCCAAGAAUCAUUUCUUGUAUUUCAUCAACUGUGGUAGUUCCUGAAGCAGUGAUUUAUGUGCAAUGUCUGAACAAAAACGAGAUGAAUGCACAUCAUGACACGACAGAUACUCUAAAACAUUCUGGACAUCCAAAUGACGUAAAAGAACAGCAAUGCCCACAGAACGAACUUCAGACGACACACUUAUCCAAUGAUUACUACGAGAAGCGUAGUGAUAUCUCACCAAUGAAUAAUCCAUCAGAAUUUCCAAGAAGAGAACUUCCUUGUACAAUUCCGAUCGAAGACUCUGACACCAUUUCUCGUGAUAAUUGGAGAUGUAAAGAAAAACGAUCUUCCCUGGAUACUGAUGUUAAAGAGUUUUAUACUACCACCAAUUCUGAAGAUGAAAAAUCCAAUAUCGAGUCGGUGAAAUUGCUUAAAAGUGGUGAGCUUCUACCCGGCGUCAUAAUUGAGGAGGAGUUGCUCCACGUAUCCCAAACAUCUAGCUUCGAUUCAAUUCUGCAUAUUCUGUGGUGCACCGCAAUCAAUGAUGACAGCUAUGGAUUACUCAUUAAAUUCCCUACUACUGAUAAUCGAAUGUUGGACUUGAUUGUGAAAUUAAUUAAUGAUGAGAAUCCUGAAUCUGUUUAUAAGAACAGAGCACUGAUUCUGCGGUCCCUCAGUGAAGUAGGAGUCUGUCGGAAUACCACCGAAGUAGAUUUCGGUGUACAAUCAAUCCUUUUGACAGUAUGUGGUACGCCGGCUGAUAUUUGGAAAACGUGUCUUGAUACUGAGCCUACUGAAGAGAGAUUUUAUGAAUGUGAUGCCUGUGGUAAAUAUAUCAGGAAAAUUCCAGCUUUGUCCCCUGAUUAUAAGAGACCACCACGAAGCUACGAUGAAUUACAAAAAGCCCUUCCUUUCUGCAAGAGCUUCAGAAACGUUUCCUGUCGAAGGAGAUCGUGUUCAGGUUCAUGUGUGGUGACAACAACCCCCAAUUUUCAUCUGUUCAUUGAUCUUCCCCAAGGAUCUCCACAAUCUUCUAUUGAUGCCAUCCCCAAAUCUAUCCAACGUGAAUCCGAUUAUCGAUUAGCGGGAAUAAUUGCUUACGCUCAGGACAGAUACGUUGGAUACUGUUGGACACCAGCAAAUUGGGUAUUAUAUGAUGGCCAUUCUACUGCGGUUCAGACUGUAUCCGGGUCUGCGAAGAUUCAACCAAAAGCUUUUAUCUACGUUGUGAAGGAAUCGCAGCCUUCACAAUAACUUUAAUGUA